CUAUUGUUUGUGAACGUGGACUUGAGUCGUGAAGAACCCAAAACCCGGACUUGUGGGUUGUGCACUAAACCGGAUUAUUGACGUCAAUAUUAAAGCAAGUGACUAUAACUUGACUGCUUAGGAUUUAGCAUGCGCUUGAAUCUGCGCUUUGUGUCCUGAAAGGGACACUUCAGAGCCUUGCUCCGCCUGCGCUCUGCUUGAAGCUGGAACAACUCAAGUUGGUUCCAUGGGCUGUGGCGCAUCGUCUUCGAAGGCCCAGCCAUGUCUACGGGCUUCUCAGGCUGCUGGCGUUCUAGCCCCGCAAAAGCGAACUCAGCAAGGCGAUGUUGCAGGCCCCGUGCCGGACACACCCACCUCCGCUGACAGCAACGAAGGCAAGCGCACAGGUGACCCCAGAACCCGUGCGAAGGCUAAGGCGCCCGCCACCAUUGCCACCAACAAUGCCAGCGGAAUUGCGGUGAUCAAGCAGAGUCCCAUUGAGGUUGGCAUGGCGAAACACGGCGUUGCCGUGCUCGGGGUGCUUGCCGCCGGCGUCGGCUGCAUCCCCGACCCCCUCGGCAUCAGCAGCGCCGUGAGCAAUGUCCUAAGCCUGAUGCAGCAGCGCGCGGAUGGCGCCGUCAGCAACACCAACAACUGCAAGAAGCUGCUGGAAGCCGCAGAUUGGAGCCAGCAGUGCCUGGCGGAGGUACAAGCCGCGCUGUCGUCGGAGCGCUUGGCGGAUGCGGGGCGGCGGGCGCUGGACGAGCAGCUGCAAGCAUUAGAGGUGGCGCUGCGCGACGCUUGCAGCUUCCUGGCCGAGUUUGGUGACAAGACAUUCUUUGGGCGGCUGGUUUCGGUGGGAGGCGAUAAGGAUGAAUUCGAGUUGCAUCACGAUGCCGUCACUCAGGCCACACAGCGGCUGGUACACACGCUGGCGCUCACCGCAGUCACCAAGCCGCCGCCGGUGUCCCGUUACGAGGAGGAGAGCGAGGAGCUGCGGGCAGCCAUCUGCGAGCUGGGCGGCAGCAGCGACGUGUGCGCAGCCCUGAUGGAGGUCAGGAAGCGAGGACUGCUGGGCAGCGCGCAACUCAAGGCCAAGCUCAGCGGGGCGCAUAAGUACAUGCUGUGUCUUAUGGAGGCCCGACUGGAGGAGGUCCUGGUAGAGGUGGGCCGCGUGCGGCUACCAGAGAUGCUGCCGCCCGGGCUGCAACACUUCUGGCACUACCAUUUCAACGCCGAGAGCGUGGCAUUUGAAAACUUCUUCUUCGCGGUGAAACUGGUCAUCCGGGACCACGUCUCCAGCCUGGUGGAAGCUAUCAGGGCACGUGCGAGACAGUUGGUUCAGGACACCAAGGCUGAGCUCGAGGUCCUCAUGCCCGUGCACGUGCCCAGCCCCCCAGCAGCAGCAGCAGCAGAAGGGCCCCCACACAUGAACAGCAACCCAGCUGAGCCGGCAACAACCCCUACGGCGGCGAGUGCUGAGCCUUCCGAGGAACAGGUGCAGGUGCUGCGGGCGCUGAUUAAGGCCAGUGUGGACGUCAACAACAAUGGACAGAUCCACAUGGACGAAUAUACACGCCUCUACCUUGUGUGCUGUGAGUGGGCGCACCUUGAUCAGGUGCCUCAGCCGGAAGAGGUGCCCGACUGCAUUGCCAUGCUGUGCCGCCACUGGGAGCCGGCGCAGCUGCUAGCGGCGGAGCAGGACCAGCUGCAGCAGCUGGAGGCUGUGCUGCGCCCCCUCAGGUUCGACACGGAUGUCUCCAACCUGCUCUCGCGCUUCCUGCCCGGCAGCCGGCAGUGGAUCUUCCAGGCGUUUGCGGACUGGCUGGCGCUUGGCAGCAAUCACCGGCAGGCGGCGGCGGCGGCUGGUGGGGAUGCGGCGGGCGGCAGCAGUGGCGACCUGGCGCAGAGGGCGAUGGUGUUGUACGGAGGACCGGGACUGGGCAAGUCGACCAUCGCGGCGGCGCUAGUCUGCAAGAAGGUUUUCAGACAGGAAGGUGGAGCAGCAGUAGCGGGCACGGCGGGCGGGGCGGCGGCAGCUGCCGCGGGUGGAGCGGACGCGGCUGCUGCCGUGGAGGCGUCUGCAGUGGUGGCGCACUACUUCUGCAAGCACACCGAUGUCGAGCGCUCCGACCCCAUACGGAUGAUGCGCACGCUGGCCUUCCAGUUGGCCGAGCGGAUCCCGGAGCUGCGCCCGCACAUGCUCACGCCGUCCUGCAGCAGCAACAGCGGCCUCGGCGGCCUGGGGGGCGGUGGCGGUGGUGGCCGCCGUGGCGGCGGCGGCCUGCUGGGUGGGCGGCCGCAGCAGCGGGUGGUGACGCCGGAUAUGCUGACCGCACGUGCCCUCGUGGUGGACUCGCUGCAAAACGUGGAGGAGGCGUUUCAGAAGCUGCUGCUGGAGCCGCUCAGCAACAUCAAGGAUGUCCUCCGCCGACGCGCUCAGCCGCUGGUGAUCAUUAUAGACGGCCUAGACGAGGUCGCGCUGGACGGAGCUGCGGGCGCGGGGGCAAGCGGCGGCGGCGGUGGCGGCGGGCUGGUGGGGCGGCAGAGCCCGCUGCUACGAGUGGUCUGUGAGCAGUUCAAGUACCUGCCCAAGGAAGUACGGUUCUUCAUCACGUCCCGACCGGAGGUGCACAUCCAGCGCGCCCUAGGCCGCGCCUUCAGCAAGCCGUUCACCAUCUGGCCAACCGACCCCCGCCACCAGGACGACCUCCGCCGCAUGAUCCAAACCCACAUCGCCGACAAACUGAUGUCAUCGGCGGCGGCGGCGGCGCAGCAGCGGGCGCAGCGAGCCCGGUCAACGGCUGCUAGGAAGGCGGCGGCGGUGCAGCAGCAGAAACAGACGCCGGAGGUAGCAGCGGUGCGAGCGAGGCUGCUGGUAAGGAAGGGGAUCCGUAACCGCCUGCUGGUGGUUCACGGCAGCGACCGGAAGCAGCAGCAACGGCCAGGCGGCAAGGCGGCAGCAGCACCGACGGGGGCGGCCGGCGAGGCUGAUGAGGAGGAGGACUGGCACGCGAGCGAGGAGGAGGUGGUGGCAGCGGUCGACCUGCUAUUACAGAAGAGCGAGGGCGCGUUUGUCUAUGUGGCCCGGCUGCUGGACGGGCUUCACGCCAGGCCACGCUGGACGCUGGCCGAGCUGUCGGCCUUCCCCCAGGGCCUGUACGGCACGUACGAGGAGUUCGUUAGUAAGCACGUGGGCGGCGGUGACAGCGCUGCGUUCCGGCGUGUACGGCGAAUGCUGUCCGUACUGAUGGCGGCGCAGGAGCCGCUACAGGUCAGCACGCUGACGUACGCGUGGCGCGCGAGCUGGAGCGGCGGCGCGCUGUGUCCGCCGCUAGCAGGUGGCGGCGGCGGCGGCGGCGGCUGGGGUGAUGGGGAGGCGCUGUCGGGUAGUGAUGUGCCGUACCAGGACGCCCUGGAUGACGUGAACGGCAUGCUGCGCAUGCUGGGCUCACUCUACACGCUGCGUGACGCGCGUGUCACGGUGUUUCACAAGUCCUUCCAUGACUGGCUGGCCACACGCUACGUCUCCACUGGCGGCGGCGGUGGCGGCGGGCAGCUGCAACAGGAGAAUGCGGAUGCGGGGCAGCAGGAGGAGUGGGCGGAGGAGGAGCGGGAUCGUAACGCCUACUACGUCAACCCACAGCCGGGCCACGCCGCGCUCGCAACGGCCAUGCUUCCCUUGGCGUCAUUCGUGGCUGCCGCCAGCCUGUCGCCGCCGCUGCUGCCGCCCACUGACGGCGCCUUCAGUGCCGAAGACCCGGCAGCGGCGGCAAGUGGCAGCGACGACGACGACGAUGACGAGGAGGAGGAGGAUGAGGAGGAGGAGGAGCAGGAGGAGGAGAGCGAUGGUGAUGGGGCAUCAUGGGGCAGCAGCAGCAGUGGCAGCGUGGCUGGGGCCCGGAGGGGACCCCCAGUGCUGCCAAGACGACCACCGCCGCCGCAGCCGCAUGCCGCCGCCAUUGGUGGCGGUGGCGGCGGUUGGAAACGACUACUGGGCACGAACGCGAUGGCGCGGCCGGGCUUCCGAAUGGGCAGCAUUGGAGGUCGAGACACGGAUGCCAUUAUGUUUCUGCCUGCCGCCUCAGCUAGGGCGCGCCUGCCGCACCAGCCAGGCGCGCAGCGCCGGAAAGCAGAGAAGGCGGCAGAGCUAGCGGAGCAGCAGCGGCGGCAGCGCGCGGCGGAGCAGGGGGCUGUGCGUGCGUAUGCAUGCAAGUUUGUGAUGCGGCACGUCGUGGAGGUGGCGGGCGGUGCCCAGGGCGGCGGCGGCGGUGGCCCGGCGGCGGCUCGAGCGCGUGCCACUGUGGACGCGUUGCUUCGGGAUUAUGGCUAUCUCGGGGCCGUCUUCGAGGCGGGUCACGGCCACACACUCAUAAGCAACCUGCUGGCACUGCCGGCGGGCUUCCGGUCGGGCUGGGCGGAGGACGUGCUCCGCUGGAUGCUUGUGUGCCAGGACAGUCUGUUCGGCGCGCACCGUGCGGCGGAUGUGAUGGCCGCGGCGCUGCGCUGUCCGGUGGGCACACAGGUGUUCGCCCUGGCACAGGAGCAGCAGAUGCAGCGAGCGAAGGCGGCAGCUGCGGCUGCAGCAGCUGCAGCGGCGGCCGCAGAGCACGAGGAGACGGAACGCAAGAAGGCGGCCAGAGGCGGCCGGGGCCCCGCGAGGGGCGCUUGGGGAGGCAGGGGCGCCGAUACAGGUGGAGGUGGAGGCAGCACGCCUCGGCAGUUCUGGCGCCUGCAGCGCCUGCUCGGCGGCAACACGGACUGGCCGGCAUUCAUGCUGGUCAUGGCGGGCCAUGCCAGCCACGUGGCGAGCUGCUCCUGGGACGCCAGCAGCAAGUGGCUGGCGAGCGGCAGCUGGGACGGCAGCGUGCGUGUGUGGGACGCGGCCAGCAGCGCGUGUAAUGCAACAUUCAAGGGCCACUCGGGCGACGUAACGUCCGUGCAGUGGUGCCCGGUCAAGGCCGCCAAACUGGGGAAGCUCGGCCGUCUGGCCCGAGUGCCACUGGCCAGCGCCAGCGCCGACGGCUCGCUACGCAUCUGGGACGUGGCGACUGGAGAGAGCGUGAAGCAGCUGCAGGGCCACGACGGAUCGGUCCUGGCCGUGGCCUGGAGUCCCGACGGCAGCAAGCUGGCCAGUGGCGGCCUCGACACGACCGUGAAAGUGUGGGACGCAGUAGGGGGCGCCUGCCUGCUGACGUUGACGGGGCACAGCGGGCGGGUGUGUGGCGUGGCUUGGAGUCCGGACGGGGCCAUGCUGGUCAGCGGCGGCUGGGACGGCGGGCUGCGGCUGUGGAAUGUGGAAGCGGGGGAGACGCCCAGCCGGUGCCUUACAAACAUGAAGGCGAACACUGAGGGCAAGCAGCCCGCGCGCGUGUUCGGUGUUGCCUGGAGUCCCGAUGGCAAGCAUCUGGCCGCUGCGUACGAGGACGCCGCGGUGCGCUUGUGGCCGGCUCGUGCCGGUGGCAUGGCCUGCUCUGCAACCUUCAAGGGGCAUACCGCGCCGGUCAAGAGCGUUGCCUGGAGUCCCGACAGCCAGAUGGUGAUGUCCGCUGGCUGGGACGGAAGCAUUCGGUUGUGGGACUCCAGGAGUGGUGGCUCGGUUGCGGUGUUGAAGGGGCACACGGGUGCCAUCUUCAGUGUGGCAUGGAGCCCCAACGGCCGCUGGCUGGGGUCCGCUGGCGGCGACCGGCUGCUGAGACUGUGGGACGCAGCGCGCGCUGUGGCGAGCGGGGAUCGCCUCAACCAGCAGGAGCACUCGGAGAAUGUCCGACAUGUGUCUUGGAGUCCGGACGGCCGCCGGGUCGCCAGCUGUAGCUGGAGGGGCUGUGUCCAGGUGUGGGACGCGGAGCCUGCUGCUCGAGAUGCCGGCGGCGGUGCGGUUGUCACCAGAGAAUGUGCAGUUCUGCUUGAGGGCCACACGGGUGUGGUGAUGGCGGUGGGCUGGAGCCCUGGUGCCCCGCAGUGGCUAGCCACAGGCAGCAGGGACCACACCGUGCGGGUGUGGGACGUCGGCGACUCCACCGCCGCCUGCAAACACACGCUCACGGGGCACACGGGCAUCGUGACGUGUUUGGCCUGGUCUGGUGACGGCAGCAAGCUGGCGAGCGGCAGUAGCGACAAAACGCUUCGGGUCUGGUCGGACCUGCAGCGGACCGGCGGCCGCGGCGGACCGGCGGCGGCACAAAAAGCUGUGAACGUUCUCAGGGGACACACGGCGCUGGUGCGGACCCUGGCGUGGGCGCCCGAUGGCAAGCUGCUCGCCAGUGGGGCCUGGGACUGCACUGUUCGGGUGUGGAACCCGUCCAGUGGCGGUUGCCUGAUGGCCAUUGAGAGUUCGGAUCGGCUGAUGUCGCUGGCCUGGGCACCGGACGGGAGCAUGCUCGCCAGCAGCAGCGGGCGCGACAAGGAUGGCAAGGUGCCGGUGGUGGUUUGCGAGAUGCUCUCGUCACGGGUGCUGUGCUCGCUUAAGGCACACAAAGAUUACAUCGCGCACAUGAGCUGGUCCCCCGACUCGUCCCAGCUCGCCACCGCCAGCUGGGACGGAGACGUCCGGCUGUGGCGGCCGCGCAGCAGCACCGAGUGCGUGGGAGCUCUGGAGGGGCACAUGGGUGCGGUGGCGGCGGUACAGUGGAGCGGCGACGGGCGACGCCUGGCGAGUGGCAGCUGGGACCACUCGCUGCGCGUGUGGGAGCUGGUGGAGUUGUAGCUAGCUAGGGGCGGGGCCAGACACGCGGCGGCACCGCAACCGUGUGCUGCGGCGAUCAGCUCCUUUGCUGGCGUCAGUGGCGGCGGCGCGCCAUCGCACGCUCUGCGGCCGCUCCCGCCGCCAACCCCAGGCGCCUCGUGCGUUGGCCUCUUCUCCUCAGCACGGGCUGUGGGAGCACACGUUGCGGGGCAGCCGAACUCCGCUGCCGGCGGAGGCGUUUGGCGAGGGCGGCGCGUCGUCAGCGGCAGUAGCCGCGCCGUCUGCGUCAGCAGUGGCAGUGGCAGCAGCUGCAGCUGCAGCCAAGUCGCCUACGGCGGGGGGCUUGGUGAAUGUGGUGUCGAUGCGGGCGUCUGCGGUGGCACCGGCAGUAGCAGCAGCUGAGGGGCCGACAGGUUAUUGGCAGUAGCAGCAGCAGGCGGCGGCGGCUGAUGGCGGAGGGCAACCAGCCGCAGAUCUAACGCCGUUUGUGGGAAUAUCCUUCUCGGACAUGAUGUCGUAGUGUAGAGAAUGAGGACUGAAGAUCUUGUUUUUGGUGCAUGGCCAGUAGCCGCGCCGCCUGCGUCCGCGGUCGCAGCGGCUGUAGCAGAUCCAGCAGAGCCAGGUCGCCUGCGGCGACGGGAUUGGUGAAUGUGUUGUCAAUGCCGCGGCACUGGCGCCGGCAGCAACAGCAGCUGAUGGGUCGGCAGGGUCGGCAGUAGCAGGUGGCGGCAGCCGGCCCAAUCUGAUGGCGGAGGGCAGCCAGCGUGGACAUGACGUACGGUAGUGGUGUAGAGAAUGAGAACUGGAGGUUUUGGUGCGUGGCCUACUCAGGGAUGGCUUAGGAGGUGGCUGUCCACGCAGGGCUUGUAUCUUCCAGGGGUGGGCCGCCGUCGCAUUUAAAGGGAUGGCUUGGGAGGUGGCUGUCCGAUGGCAUUCUGCCCUUGACGUGGUUUGGUGUUCUAGCAAAAUUGGAUGCAAGUUGAAGUCUGGUUGGACGGUGAUUCGGUGAUCUGCGGGCCCGCACGUGGGAUGACGAGUGCCAUGUUUGCUGCAUGUAGCAUGCAGUGUCCUACGCAACGGGCAGACGGACUUAAGGCUGCGCCUCCCAGCAGCAGUGCUUGCAUGCGGCGCAUGCAGGGGGGGUAGGGGGUAGGAACAAACUUUUUUGACCCCAUGCCACAAAACCUCCUGGUCGGUCGGGGGCCCGACCGACCGAACGACCGACCCCCCCUGCCGUACGACCCCCCAAAAACCCCUCAGAACCCCUUCGUUUUUUGUCAGGUUGAUGCCAAUCGACUGCUCUGGGUGAGCUCUAUCGCUAUGUUUGAUGAUCCGCCUUGGGAACACACUUUGACCAACCGACAUGUGGACAUGUGGACAUGUGGCCCGGCUGCCGACAAGUAUCCUGAUAGACUGGCCUGCUAUGCAACGUCUUACUUUAA